UUGGAAGUAUGGUACAUGAAGUACAAAUGUCCAACAGACCGCGGGCUCAUUCCUUGUUUGCCGGUGAAAAAGGCAAACAUUUCAAACUGUAGCGCCAUGGAUAGCAUUUACCCGCUUUUUCAAGAAUGGUCAGCGCGAUUUGUACAGAUUCCCAUGUUCCCUGUUCUUCAAUGCGUUCAUUUUACAAUUGUUAGUCUAAAAUUACGGAUGAAAUUAGGGACUGGUUUUGCCCAAAGUAACCCUUUAGCUUGCUGGAUCUCGGCAGUCAUAUCAAACUUCGCCGGGUCAUUUUUAAUCAGCUUCUUUUUGGGUCUUCCCAUGGUACUACCACUGAAGGAUGUUAGAGCUGUCGCAGCUAUGACCACUAUAUGGUAUUUAGUGUUUUAUUGUCCAUUUGACAUCUUCAACAAGUUUUUCAUGUUGCAGCCAGCCUGGUUAUCUCUAGUGGUUCUAAAAGAGGCCCACAGAGCCAAAGCGAUCCUUGGAGGUGUGUCUAUGGGGCUAGAGCAUUAUCCCACAGAUCUGCUGGUAGUUGUUCUUGUCGGCAUCUUUAAAGGAGCUGGUGCACUGCUUGUUCAACCAGUAGCAGCAGUUGUUCAAGGAUCUCUAGAUGUCACUUCACAUGAAGCCUUGAAACCCUCAUUUACCACCAAGGCCUCCAUUGUUGCUAGCAUAUUGUACACACUGGUACUCAAGGGGAUCAUUUCCAUUUCAACAGAGUGCCUCUGUUUUGGCGUGUUUCUUGUCUUUGCUCUUAUAAAGGUCUCUCUUCACGUUAUGGAUGCUCAGGACCCAUUCCUGCAUGUGGAGAAAGCUUUGUCACCUUUCUGCUUUGGCUCUCCAAAAGAAACGGCCAGCACUUCGGAUAGCAAGAAGAAGAAGGAAUAGAAAGCUCUUGCACAUAGAUAUGCUUUUUUAUUUUAACUCCUAUAAGCACAAAACCUUUUCAUCAUCAUAAGACUUUAUUUAUUCCAAAAACAGUAUAGAUGCUUAGUUUAAUACACGUUUACUCUUAUGCAUUCACAUCCCGAAAUGUAUCAAAACACUAACUUAUUAAUAAAACUAUUAAAAAUAUUAAAUAUUAAAAAA